AGAGCCGGUUGCAGCCAAUAAGCAGCAGCAACAUCACUGGCUCAGCGCUCCCCAGGAACUAUCGCCACGUGGGCGUGGAGCUGGGCGUGGCCUUCUUUUUUCCGUGAUUGCCAGCUGGCCCAGAGCUGGACCUGCUCUUGGAGGUGAGGUGUGAAGUUGGUCCUACUUGCUCUAUAUUACCAAAGAAUCCACUUUUCCCCCAAAACCUGAGUUCUCAGCCUUGUAUCAAGAUGGAAGGAGACAAAUCGCUCACCUUUUCCAGCUACGGGCUGCAAUGGUGUCUCUAUGAGCUAGACAAGGAAGAAUUUCAGACAUUCAAGGAAUUACUAAAGAAGAAAUCUUCAGAAUCGACCACAUGCUCUAUUCCACAGUUUGAAAUCGAGAAUGCCAACGUGGAAUGUCUGGCACUCCUCUUGCAUGAGUAUUACGGAGCAUCGCUGGCCUGGGCUACGUCCAUUAGCAUCUUUGAAAACAUGAACCUGCGAACCCUCUCCGAGAAGGCACGGGAUGACAUGAAAAGACAUUCACCAGAAGAUCCUGAAGCAAAGACGACUGACCAAGGACCAAGCAAGGAAAAAGUGCCAGGAAUUUCACAAGCUGUGCAACAAGGUAGUGCCACAGCUGCAGAGACAAAAGAACAAGAAAUUUCACAAGCUAUGGAACAAGAAGCUGCCACAGCAGCAGAGACAGAAGAAAAAGAAAUUUCACAAGCUAUGGAACAAGAAGGUGCCACAGCAGCAGAGACAGAAGAAAAAGAAAUUUCACAAGCUAUGGAACAAGAAGGUGCCACAGCAGCAGAGACAGAAGAACAAGGACAUGGAGGUGACACAUGGGACUACAAGAGUCACGUGAUGACCAAAUUCGCUGAGGAGCAGGAUGUACGUCGUAGUUUUGAAAAAACUGCUGCUGACUGGCCGGAAAUGCAAACGUUGGCUGGUGCUUUUAAUUCAGACCAGCGGGGCUUCCGGCCUCGCACGGUGGUUCUGCACGGAAAGUCAGGAAUUGGGAAAUCGGCUCUAGCCAGAAGGAUUGUGCUGUGCUGGGCACAAGGUGGACUCUACCAGGGAAUGUUCUCCUACGUCUUCUUCCUCCCCGUUAGAGAGAUGCAGCGGAAGAAGGAAAGCAGUGUCACAGAGUUCAUCUCCAGGGAGUGGCCAGACUCCCAGGCUCCAGUGACGGAGAUCAUGUCCCGACCAGAAAGGCUGUUGUUCAUCAUUGACGGUUUCGAUGACCUGGGCUCUGUCCUCAACAAUGACACAAAGCUCUGCAAAGACUGGGCUGAGAAGCAGCCCCCGUUCAUCCUCAUACGCAGUCUGCUGAGGAAAGUCCUGCUCCCUGAGUCCUUCCUGAUCGCCACCGUCAGAGACGUGGGCAUAGAGAAGCUCAAGUCAGAGGUCGUGUCCCCCCGUUACCUGUUAGUUAGAGGAAUCUCCGGGGAACAAAGAAUCCACUUGCUCCUUGAGCGCGGGAUUGGUGAGCAUCAGAAGACACAAGGGUUGCGUGCGAUAAUGAACAACCGUAAGCUGUUCGACCAGUGCCAGGUCCCCGCCGUGGGCUCUCUGAUCUGCGUGGCUCUGCAGCUGCAGGACGUGGUGGGGGAGAGCGUCGCCCCCUUCAACCAAACGCUCACAGGCUUGUACGCAGCUUUUGUGUUUCAUCAGCUCACCCCUCGAGGCGUGGUCCGGCGCUGUCUCAAUCUGGAGGAAAGAGUUGUCCUGAAGCGCUUCUGCCGUAUGGCUGUGGAGGGAGUGUGGAAUAGGAAGUCUGUGUUUGACAGUGACGACCUCAUGGUGCAAGGACUCGGGGAGUCUGAGCUCCGUGCUCUGUUUCACAUGAACAUCCUUCUCCCAGACAGCCACUGUGAGGAGUACUACACCUUCUUCCACCUCAGUCUCCAGGACUUCUGUGCCGCCUUGUACUACGUGUUAGAGGGCCUGGAAAUCGAGCCAGCUCUCUGCCCUCUGUACAUUGAGAAGACAAAGAGGCCCAUGGAGCUUAAACAGGCAGGCUUCCAUAUCCACUCGCUUUGGAUGAAGCGUUUCUUGUUUGGCCUCGUGAGCGAAGACAUAAGGAGGCCACUGGAGGUCCUGCUGGGCUGUCCCGUUCCCCUGGGGGUGAAGCAGAAGCUUCUGCACUGGGUCUCUCUGUUGGGUCAGCAGCCUAACGCCACCGCCCCAGGAGACACCCUGGACGCCUUCCACUGUCUUUUCGAGACUCAAGACAAAGAGUUUGUUCGCUUGGCAUUAAACGGCUUCCAAGAAGUGUGGCUUCCGAUUAACCAGAACCUGGACUUGAUAGCAUCUUCCUUCUGCCUCCAGCACUGUCCGUAUUUGCGGAAAAUUCGGGUGGAUGUCAAAGGGAUCUUCCCAAGAGAUGAGUCCGCUGAGGCAUGUCCUGUGGUUACUCUAUGGAUGCGGGGUAAGACCCUCAUUGAGGAGCAGUGGGAAGAUUUCUGCUCCGUGCUCGGCACCCACCCACACCUGCGGCAGCUGGACCUGGGCAGCAGCAUCCUGACAGAGCGGGCCAUGAAGACCCUAUGUGCCAAGCUGAGGCAUCCCACCUGCAAGAUACAGACCCUGAUGUUUAGAAAUGCACAGAUUACCCCUGGUGUGCAGCACCUCUGGAGAAUCCUCAUGGCCAACCGUAACCUAAGAUCUCUCAACCUGGGAGGAACCCACCUGAAGGAAGAGGAUGUAAGGAUGGCAUGUGAAGCCUUAAAACACCCAAAAUGUUUGUUGGAGUCUUUGAGGCUGGAUUGCUGUGGAUUGACCCACGCCUGUUACCUGAAGAUCUCCCAAAUCCUUACGACCUCCCCCAGCCUGAAAUCUCUGAGCCUGGCAGGAAACAAGGUGACAGACCAGGGAGUGACGCCUCUGAGUGAUGUCUUGAGGGUCUCCCAGUGCGCCCUGCAGAAGCUGAUACUGGAGGACUGUGGCAUCACAGCCACGGGUUGCCAGAGUCUGGCCUCAGCCCUUGUCAGCAACCGGAGCUUGACACACCUGUGCCUAUCCAACAACAGCCUGGGGAACGAAGGUGUAAAUCUACUGUGUCGAUCGAUGAGGCUUCCCCACUGUAGUCUGCAGAGGCUGAUGCUGAAUCAGUGCCACCUGGACACGGCUGGCUGUGGUUUUCUUGCACUUGCGCUUAUGGGUAACUCAUGGCUGACGCACCUGAGCCUUAGCAUGAACCCUGUGGAAGACAAUGGCGUGAAGCUUCUGUGCGAGGUCAUGAGAGAACCAUCUUGUCAUCUCCAGGACCUGGAGUUGGUAAAGUGUCAUCUCACCGCCGCGUGCUGUGAGAGUCUGUCCUGCGUGAUCUCGAGGAGCAGACACCUGAAGAGCCUGGAUCUCACGGACAAUGCCCUGGGUGACGGUGGGGUCGCUGCGCUGUGCGAGGGACUGAAGCAAAAGAACAGUGUUCUGACGAGACUCGGGUUGAAGGCAUGUGGACUGACUGCUGAUUGCUGUGAGGCACUCUCCUUGGCCCUUUCCUGCAACCGGCACCUGACCAGUCUAAACCUGGUGCAGAAUAACUUCAGUCCCAAAGGAAUGAUGAAGCUGUGUUCGGCCUUUGCCUGUCCCAUGUCUAACUUACAAAUAAUUGGGCUGUGGAAAUGGCAGUACCCUGUGCAAAUAAGGAAGCUGCUAGAGGAAGUGCAGCUGCUCAAGCCCCGAAUCGUAAUUGACGGUAGUUGGCAUUCUUUUGAUGAAGAUGACCGGUACUGGUGGAAAAACUGAAGAUACGGAAACCUGCCCCACUCACACCCAUCUGAUGGAGGAACUUUAAAAGCUGUUUUCUCAGAGCAAGCUGUGCCCCUGGGAGUUCCUUCUCAAAGAUGGAGAAUGAUUUCUGCUUCUCACAAAGCCCUCAAUGGUAGUGAUUCUUCUGUGUUAACUAUACGUUGGUUACUGGAUUUGAAGGCUAGAGACCUUCAAGUCGUAGGACUCAGUAUCUGUGAAAUGUCUGUCAUACCUCAGAGCAUAUAGAGGGAAUGAAAUAAACACAAAGCAUUU